GUAUUCUCUUGAAGGGGAUCCAUAUGGGCAUGACUGGGUUGCUCCUGAGUGCGAUUUAUCCAUCAGGACCGGUUGGUUUUGGCACAGUUCUCAAAACCCUAAGUCUCCCAUAACCCUACUUGACAAAUACUACACUUCAGUGGGCAGAAACUGUCUCCUUAUACUAAAUGUUCCCCCAAAUUCAUCUGGCCUCAUAUCUGAUGAAGAUAUUCAGGUUCUUCAGAAUUUUACUGCAAUGAGACAAACCAUUUUCUCACAUAAUUUAGCUAAGGAUGCCAUUGUUUCUGCCACUAACACAAGAGGAGGUCCGAAUGAAACUCAUUUCACCCCUUCAAAUGUAAUUGAAGAAGGUAUUUACUCCUAUUGGGCUCCCAAUCCCAAAGAGCUCCAAGCUAAUUGGACAUUAAUCCUGGACCUCAGACAAUUGAAGUCUUUCAAUGUGUUGCAAGCCCAGGAGCCAAUUCAAUUGGGACAGCGUGUAGUUGAGUUCCAUGCUGAUGUUCUCACAGAAGGAGGGGUGUGGAAAAGGAUAGCAAAUGGAACAACCAUCGGAUAUAAAAGACUUGUACUAUUUCCUGUUGUAAAAGCUCAGUUUUUGAGGCUUGUUAUUGACAAAUCUCGUGCUGAUCCACUUAUAUCCUAUCUGGGCUUAUAUUUUGACCCCUAUUCCAUGACGCAUAAUCUACUUAAUACAAGUAGAAGGCCUUCUUUUGACAAUAUCAGGGCCAUCGAUCUGAGAAGUAAUAAAAAUUCUAGCAGUGUGACUGUACAUAGUUAUGCAUGA